AACAACCUCCGCACUGUUCUUGCAGGGAGCGGGCGCCAGCCGUCUGCCGCCAGCCGCCAGCCGCGCCGCAGCGCCCGGGGUGCCAGGGUCAGAUCGGGUGACCGCGCAGGCAUGCGCCUGGCCGUGGAGCCGGCCUCCGGACAAAAGGAGGGCGCGUCCCGGUCCCGGCUCCGCCCCGCCCCGCCCGCCGGCCAGGGCGCGUAUCUCGGGCGUCCGCCGCGCGAGCGUACCCGCCGCCACUCGCCGCCACUCGCCCGACCCGCCUGCAGUUGCGCCCGCUCCACGCGGCGCAGCCAUGUGUCCCCGAGCCGCCCGAGCGCCAGCGCUGCGGCUCCUGGCGCUGGGCGCGCUGCUGUGGCCGGCGGCCGGCGCCUGGGAGCUCACCAUCCUGCACACCAACGACGUGCACAGCCGGCUGGAGCAGACCAGCGAGGACUCGAGCAAGUGUGUCAACGCCAGCCGCUGCGUGGGCGGCGUGGCGCGCCUCUUCACCAAGGUGCAGGAGAUCCGCCGAGCCGAGCCCCACGUGCUGCUGCUCGACGCGGGCGACCAGUACCAGGGCACCCUCUGGUUCACCGUGUACAAGGGCGCCGAGGUGGUGCACUUCAUGAACGCCCUGCGCUACGAUGCCAUGGCACUGGGAAAUCAUGAAUUUGAUAACGGUGUAGAAGGACUGAUUGAUCCGCUCCUCAAAAAGGCCAACUUUCCAAUUCUGAGUGCAAAUAUUAAAGCAAAGGGGCCGCUAGCGUCCCAAAUAUCCGGACUUUAUUUGCCGUAUAAAAUUCUUUCUGUUGGUGCCGAACUUGUGGGGAUUGUUGGAUACACUUCAAAAGAAACCCCUUUUCUCUCAAAUCCAGGAACGAAUUUAGUAUUUGAAGAUGAAAUCACUGCGUUGCAGCCUGAAGUAGAUAAGCUGAAAACUCUAAAUGUGAGCAAAAUUAUUGCACUGGGACACUCUGGUUUUGAAAUGGAUAAACUCAUCGCUCAGAAAGUGAAGGGCGUGGACGUCGUGGUGGGAGGACACUCCAACACGUUUCUCUAUACAGGCAAACCACCUUCCAAAGAGGUGCCGGCUGGGAAUUACCCAUUCAUAGUCACCUCUGAUGAUGGACGGAAGGUUCCUGUGGUCCAGGCCUAUGCUUUUGGCAAAUACCUAGGCUAUUUGAAGGUUGAGUUUGAUGAAAAAGGAUAUGUCACUUCACAUGGAAAUCCCAUUCUUCUCAACAGCAGCAUUCCUGAAGAUCCUGGCAUAAAAGCAGAGAUUAACGAAUGGCGUAAAAAAUUAUAUAAUUAUUCUACCCAGGAAGUGGGGAGAACACUUGUCUAUCUGGAUGGCACCACUCAAUCAUGCCGCUUUAAAGAAUGCAACAUGGGCAACCUGAUUUGUGAUGCUAUGAUCAACAACAACCUUAGACACUCGGAUGCAGUGUCCUGGAACCACGUGUCCAUGUGCAUUUUAAAUGGAGGUGGCAUUCGGUCGCCCAUUGACGAGCAGAACAACGGCACCAUUACCUUGGAGAGCCUGACGGCUGUGUUGCCCUUUGGAGGCACCUUUGACCUGGUCCAACUAAAAGGCUCCACCCUGAAGAAGGCCUUUGAGCACAGUGUGCACCGGUACGGCCUGUCCACUGGAGAGUUCCUGCAGGUGGGCGGAAUUCACGUGGUAUAUGAUCUUUCCCGAAAACCUGGAGACAGAGUGGUCAAAUUAGAUGUUCUUUGCACCCAGUGUCGCGUGCCCCAUUACGAGCCUCUCAGAAUGGAUAAAGUGUAUAAGCUGAUCCUCCCGAACUUCCUUGCCAAUGGUGGAGAUGGAUUCCAGAUGAUAAAGGACGAGGUAUUAAAACAUGACUCCGGUGACCAAGAUAUCGACGUGGUGUCUGGAUACAUCUCAAAAAUGAAAGUAAUCUAUCCAGCAGUUGAAGGUCGGAUCAAGUUUUCUGCAGGAAGUCACUGCCAUGGAAGCUUUUCUCUAAUAUUUCUUUCAUUUUGGGCAGUGAUCAUUGUGUUAUACCAAUAGCCAAAAACUCUCCUUGCCAUUAAGGCGUGGAACUACAUUUUUCCUCAAGUGAGAUUCAGGUCUGCCUUUUAGGAACUGGCUUUGUGAUGGCUCAGACCAUCCUCACAGGCUCCUACAAGCUGAGCUUAGAGGGUCGUAAAUGAAGACACUCCAUCAUCACUCAGGAUCAGCAACUUAGUGAACACCCAGGAAAAGAAAUGAAAAUGGGCCCUAAGAGGCCCUAAACCAUUAGUUUACAUGUACAAAUUUUAGUAACAUUUUUUCACAAUUUUAAACCAUAGAAAUCAUUUUUCUCCUUUAUAUCCAUUCUAAUCCACCAAGCAACUUAUGUGUACAUAGAACUUCAUCAUUUACAAGGGAGUUUUAAGCACAUUAUCUUAUUGGAUGUCCACACCUCUCUUUGGUGGGCAAGACUGGUAUUGUUUUUCCCAUUUGACAGAAGAGGAAACUAAAGCCCAGAAAGAGUUGACUUGUUCCAGGCCACACAGCUAAAAGUGACAGAUCCAAGACCCGCACCUAGGCCUUCUGAUUUCAAGUCCAGCACUCUCUCAGCGAUAUCCAGUUGCUAUUCAGAAUGAUACUCGGUGGUCUUCACUCUUCCCAACUGUCGACAGCCCCAAGUUCAUGGACGACAAGUCUGCUUUAUUUUUGGUCUCUAAUUUUUUCCUUUGUAGCUCCGGCUGUUAUAACGAGUUUGAUGGACUUACAAACACAGGGGAGCAUCCUCUCUUGUACCCAUGUGCCUUUGAUGAGUCAGGGAACAAACGGUGCAGCAGAUAAUGGGAAAGGCCAGAGGCUGCAAAAGGCAAUCAAGGGGUAGGGAGGAAGGGAAGGGAAGAAAAGGACACCCACGACCGAUUUACAUUACAAAAGAGAACGAGCUGAAGGGCAUUUAGAUGUGUUAAACAGAUUUUUGCUAAGGAGCAGCAACAUAGAGCCUGACACAUGGUAUUAGCUGUUAAUUUUAUGAAAUUCCAUCAGUUCUGCCUCUAUGCUCUUCCUCCGUUCUUCCUAGCGUGAAGGCGUCAUGAGAAGAGAACCUUCUAAGACAAGGUAAUUCUAAACCUGCACCUGUCCCUCCCCAGCAAGAUGCCAGCAUUGUACUUAUUCUAGUCACAUCACCCAUACACACACACACACUCUCCCUUCCGUGCCACUCUCCCCUCCUCCCCUCCCCAGAGGGGAGACCAGGGUUGAUCUAUUAAAAGUGGCAUACAUAAGAAGUUUGAAAUCAGCUCUGCCUCCAGAUCUGAACAAUCACUCAAAGUCCGUCUCAAGUAUAGAUAUGAGAACUCCUGCCUGGGAGUGGGCCCCUUGGAGUGGGUGCUCAGGAAAUACCCAGACUAAUGAGAUGAUUUAUGCCCAAAGAUCGAAUUCUUGCUUAAGGUGGCAGUGAGACCAUGUGAGCCUGUCAGCACUGCAUAAACAAUUCAACAAGAAAUGGGAGCCUUCACCUUAACAGUGAGCAAACAGCAGCUACAAGUUUGGAGAAGGAGUAUGUUUGUUUCUUAAUGUUUACAAAUAUUAAGUACUCAAUACAAAAUAUACUUUUAAAUUUCAUAGCCUCUUUAUAAAGGUUGUUGCAGUAUAAUAAUGCCCUUGGUUCUAUGCCUAUACAGAUUAGCUAUAAAUAAACAAAUGUCAGUAAGAUUGUAAGAGGAAAAUUAGAGAAAGAUGCAUUUGGGGUAUACUUUUUAUGCUUUGUCAGUAAAAUAAAUCCUAUUGCAGCACAAAUUUUUAAAAAACAUUUUUCUAAGUUUUCUAAAUCUGGGUGCAUGUAUUUUGCAGUGGUUUAAGAAAUAACCUCAAAACACUUUGCAACUGUUGAUUCCAAACAAUUAAAGAUAUGCUCCUUAAA